GGGCAGGCCUAGAGCUUAUGAGCCACACAAGUGACAUACGAAAUUAUAUAAUUUUCCUGGAAGCUAGUUCACAUAUUUUUACCUUGAAUUGCUUGAAAUAUUUCGAAAUUUAUGAGAGAUGCCUCGAAGAAAUAAUAGCAGCUAUGGGAAGAAUGGUAACUGGAGCAACCUGCCUGUGCCCGUGGUUCAGCCUGUACAGAAGGAGUCCUUAAGGAGCUCGGGAAAGGUCUUCAAGGAUGUGGCUGCCCAUGCGGCGGGCGUGGCAGCUGGAUCGGCUGUGGGUCACGCUAUUGGAGCCGGCAUAACUGGGUUAUUCCGGGGACAUGGUAAUGGAAAUAAUGCCAGACACAGCGAUCUUGUGGAGGAAGGACCCUGCGCCUCCGAAAUGAAGCAGUUUCUCAAAUGUACAGAAGAGAGUGAAGAUCUCAAUUUAUGCAAGGAAUUUAAUGAUGCCGUUCGCCGAUGUCACAAGCACUACAACAUAUAGUCAAUGAAGCAUUCUUUCCUUUGAAAAAGAUCAAUAAUUUCUUUUUGAAUGACUGAUGAUUGUAAUUAAAGAGCUACCCAAAUGAA